AUGAUGGGCACGUCUAUCAUCAGUCUCAGAGAAGAUCAUGGAAAAACCUCACUGGCGAUUUUGGAAAUACAAACUAAAACCACACCAAAUGAACACAAACCCUGCUGGCCAGAACUCCAGGUGACACAAUUAUCUUGUAAACGAUGUGGCAUUCUUCAAAGAAACUGGGUGUGUGCGUCAGCUAGCCAUUGCCGCAUAACAAACCACCCCCAUACUAGGCAGCUUCAAACAACAACAAUCACUCCUUUCACUCAGGAAUCUGCUACUUGUGAGAGAUUUCAGCAGCACUGCUCCUUGCUGCACCCCUGGUGCCUCCUGGAACAUCCAGCACCUGUGUGCCGGACAAGCUGGCUCCUGCUGUGGGCUGACCGCCUGGGGGAACGCCCUCAGGGGAGGGUGGCCAGGUUCCAAGAGCAAGAGUCCCGAGAGAACCAGGUGGCCCCGUAUCACUUUUCAGACGUCAUGUAG